AAAAACUGCUGCUGCAACCUGUCCUGUCUGUCUGAUCACCCUGUAGGCAAAGUCCUCGGAGGAAAUGGGCCACUGGCUGGGCCUCCUCUUGUCGGAGUCAGGUUCGAAAACAGACCCAGAGGAAUUCACCUACGAUUACGUGGAUGCUGACAGAGUUUCCUGCAUUGUGAGCGCCGCCAAGAAUUCCUUCUUGUUGAUGCAGAGGAAGUACUCUGAGCCCAAUGCCUACAUUGACAACCUUCCCAAGGGCAGGAUGGAGCAGGAGGAGCUGUAUGAUGAUGUGGAUCUGCCAGACCUACCUGCGGAAGAAGUACCCAAGAGUGAGAGCAAAGCUGAGGGGGACCAAGACAGAGUGUAUCUGGAUCUCACCCCAGUAAAGUCCUUCCUACAUUGUGCUGGCAGGAUGUCAUGCCAGUCUUCACCCCUCAGCUCACCGUCUUUAGAAAGGGCUGCCAAGAAGGCUGGCACAGAGAACACAGCUGAGACAGCCCUCACAGCUAAGGAGGAAGCUGAGCCCUGUAGUAAAGCAGUGGAGACCUCAGAGCAGAAACACCCAGAGAACCCAGAGCCUGAGGAGGCACAGCCACAGGUGCCUGCCAUCAAAAUACAGACCCAGCAGCAGAACAUUGCCUUCCCCCAGCCAGCCCCUGAGGUGCCAGUGGGCACAGUGGUGGCAAGAAGUCCCCAGCUGGUGCCUGCACACCGUCCCAAGAUGCCACUGCCAGCAGCAGCAGUGGAAACCAAGCUGGGCAAGAACAGGACAGAGGCAGAGGUGAAGCGAUUCACAGAGGAGAAGGAACGGCUGGAGAAGGAGAAGGAUGAAAUCCGGGCUCAGCUCACCCAGCUACGCAAGGAGAGACGGGAGCUGAAGGAAAUGCUUGGGGGCAGCACAGACAAGAACCUGGAGCAGCGACUGAAAGAGAUAGAUGAAGAAUGCAAAAGGAAGGAGAGCCAGAGGGUGGACCUGGAGCUGAGCCUGGUGGAGGUGAAGGAGAACCUGAAGAAGGCAGAGUCUGGCCCCGUGACACUGGGCACUGCAGUGGACACCACACACUUGGAGAAUGCAGCCCCAAGGGUUCAGGCAAAAAGUGCCAGUCCAGCAAACAGCACAGAGAACUCGCCAGUCAAUUCAGCAACGGCUUUAAAAAACCGACCUUUGUCAGUCAUGGUGACAGGGAAGGGAACAGUCCUACAGAAAGCUAAGGAAUGGGAGAAGAAGGGAGCUAGUUAGAAGCAUGUUUUUCAGAGAUGGACUAAAGGCUCGAAUUGCCCAUGCAUGGCCCAGGGGAUUCAAACAUCUGAAGGUGGAGGUUGGGUGUACAACACAACCAUACACCAAGCACCUCCUCCACCUCACGCCAACUGCUCUGACGCAGCAACGGAGUCAACAGCUGCUGACACGAGUUAUCCCAAAUGAUCUUGCUCUUUCCAGACAAAUCCCAAUCAUGUAGCUGAAACAAUAACAAGCAGUGGCAAUCCUUCCAUCAAAGUCCUAACCUGGCUGAUGUAAACAAGAAUGUUACUGUACAUAGGGUUGUUUUGUGUAUUUCUACUCUGAAGUUAUUAA